GUGCUGCCUCUCAGCCCCAGGCGUCCCUGUCCCUGCCUGCCUCCCAUCUGUUUCCUCGUCUGGGACUGGAGGCUGGUCCUCCAGAGGACCAGAGGCUACACAUUGGCCCACGUGAUCUAGAAACUAUUUUGAAUUUACUGUAACAUUUUUAAGAAUUGCGUCAAGAACAUUUUCAGGAGGAUGAAGCCAGGCUCAGGGACCUGCUGGCCUCUGAGCGGGGGUGUUGGAAACAGGCGUCUGGCACUGGCGCAGUCAGGGUUGAUAGCGCCUUUUUUGGGUUGAACAGCCGGCUGACCCCAGUGGUGCCUGUGUCCCUGUGACAGACUGUCGAGGCCCAGGCCACCUGCUCUGUCUGCGUCUCAUGGAGCCUCAGGGUGAGAAGCCAGGAGAGGCCGAGGGGGUGCGCAUCACGCCCCAGCUGCUCAAGUCGCGCUCGGGGGAGUUCGCCUUGGAGUCCAUCCUGCUGCUGAGGCUGCGGGGCUCGGGGCUGGCGGACCUGGGCUGCCUGGGCGAGUGCCUGGGCCUCGAGUGGCUGGACCUGUCGGGCAACGCGCUCACCCAGCUGGGCCCCCUGGCCUCCCUGCGCCAGUUGGCCGUCCUCAAUGUGGCCGACAAUCGGCUGACGGGGCUGGAGCCGCUGGCCUCCUGCGAGAACCUGCAGAGUCUCAAUGCCGCCGGCAACCUGCUGGCCACCCCAAGCCAGCUACAGUGUCUGAGCGGGCUGCGCGGCCUGGAGUACCUUCGGCUCCGGGACCCUUUGGCUCGGCUCAGCAACCCGCUCUGUGCCAGCCCGUCCUACCCGGCUGUGGCCCGAGAGCUGCUGCCGGGCCUGAAGGUCAUCGACGGUGAGCGUGUGACUGGGCGCGGCAGCGAAUUCUACCAGCUGUGCCGCGACCUGGACAGCUCCUUGCGGCCCAGCCCCAGCCCAGGCCCCAGCAUCCCCGAGGCCCGGCCCUGGGUGGGCCCCGGGUACUGGGAGUCCCGGCCACCCCGGAGCAGCUCCAUCCUGGAGGAGGCCUGCCGGCAGUUCCAGGACACCCUGCAGGAGUGCCGUGACCUGGACCGCCAGGCUGAGGACAGCCUGGCUCAGGCGGAGCAGGCUCUGCGCUCUGCGGGUACAGCCUCGUCCUUUGUCUUCUGAACGUGCCCCUGGCCCGGGACGACCUGGCACAUGGCCGUGGGGCCGGCAUAGUGGGGCCUGGGUGCCCACAUCUCCGCUCCUGACUCUGCACUUGUCUUCAUGGUUUCAUCGUGCUGGUCGCUGUCCCUGCAAACUGGGCUACUUCUUUAUCCCCUUUCCUGAGAGCAGACGCCCCCCUGCCCCACUCCUACCUCAAGACAAUUCUACUGUAUGUUCUUCAGGGACGUGCCGCCCCCGUGCCUGCCUCGGGCAGGCGUGAGGGCCCUCCACGAGCGGCUGGCACCGGGGGCCGGGGAGGAGGCCCCAGGCCUUCGCCGGCCACUCCUGGCUCCUGGGGCCUGAGACUUAGUGGAAGGAACCUUGCUACUCCCUCAGGUUAAAGGUGGCAAAAACAGGGACGGCCUGCCUCCCAUCCCAGGGGCCACGGAAGAGGAUGUAAACAUCACAUGGAGUGUGGAAGCCGGCAUUCACCCCGCUUCCAGGCCCGCCUGUCCGGAC